UCCCAUUUUCAUUCUUCAUUCCCAAAUCUCAACUUCUCAUAACGACAUCGCAUCUUAACGAAACUGUUACAAUCAUGAUUUCUUCUGUAGUUUCUCUUCCUUCUUCUCUCUACGCCGCAAACUUCGCCGGUGUUAACACCACCGUAGCUCCAUCUCCUCGCCGCGUCAGAUCUCGGCCAAUACUCAUCACCGCUAGCGCUACUGCCACCGCUGAAGCUCGCUCUACAUGGACAGAACAACCAAGAACUUCGUAUCUGAACUUGAACACGAUCUCUUCUCCUUCGCUCUACGAGAUCCUCGGUAUACAAGCAGGUGCUUCGGUACAAGAGAUCAAGUCUGCGUACCGUCGACUUGCCAGAGUCUGCCACCCUGACGUGGCGGCGAUUGACCGGAAAAACUCGUCGGCGGAUGACUUCAUGAAAAUUCACGCUGCCUACUCCACGCUCUCGGAUCCUGAUAAACGUGCUAAUUAUGAUCGGAGCCUUUUCCGACGACAACGGCCGUUGUCGAUGAUGUCCGGCUACACUAGUCGGAAAUGGGAAACGGAUCAGUGUUGGUAGUGAGUCGACUCGCCCGAGUAAACUUCUUCUGCUUAAUAUAGUGACAGAUGAGGAAAGUGCAGUUAUUGAAGCGCCAUGCCUCUAAUGAAUGUAAUUUAUACUAAUUAGCACUAAUCACCGAUAGUAACUACUAGUAAUUAGUUUUUUCUUCAGAUUUUGUAUAUUGAAGAUGUGUAUUUUUCUGAGUUUUUCCACUAAAUAGAGUAGAAAAUUACUAACCACUACUACUAUUAUUGCUU